UAUUUGGUUAGAGAUUUCCAAAUAUUUUGACAUGGCCGACUGCAGUGAUAGUCCUCGUACUCUUCAAAGGACGUGAAAGAAUUAAAUUUCUACAUUUUAGCAGAGAAGGAUUCAUUUACACAGUUUUUUCGAGAUGAUGAUGCAAGCUGAAGAUGCUCGUUAUUUGAAACGAAAGGUGAAGGGAGGUAGCAUUGAUGUUCAUCCCACAGAGAAAGCUCUUGUUGUGAACUAUGAACUGGAAGCAACUAUUCUCGGGGAAAUGGGAGAUCCCAUGCUGGGAGAAAGAAAGGAGUGCCAGAAGAUAAUUCGUGUGAAAGGUCUGCAUGAAAAUAGUGAUCUGAGCACCUUAGCCAAAGAAAUUAUUGAAAAAUGCAAGCUCAUCCACCCAAGCAAGUUACCCGAAGUGGAGCAGCUUUUGUACUAUCUACAAAACCGGAAAGAGACGACCCCAGCUAAAGCGUCUGGGAAGACCAAACUGUCCGACAAGCCGGAGGACCCGGCUUUCUGCGACGGCACCGAGAUCGACGAGGUGGCAAACAUCAACGAUGUGGACGAGUACCUGGAGAUGCUGUACGAGGAUCUGCCCGAGAAGGUCAAAGGUUGCGCCCUCAUCCUUCAGCUGGCUCGGAACCCGGACAACCUGGAGGAGCUUUUUCAAAACGAAACGGUUGUGAGCGCGCUGGUGCGCAUGUUACGUGAGGACUGGAAGCGCAGCACGGACCUGGCCACCAACAUCAUCUACAUCUUCUUCUGCUUCUCCUCCUUCUCGAGCUUCCACGCAGUCAUCCUGCACUUCAAGAUCGGCACGCUGUGCAUGACCAUCAUCCAGCACGAGCUGAAGAAACACCAGCUGUGGCUAGAUGAACUCAACAAGAAGAAAAAGGCUGCUGAAGGAGACAAGAGCAGCUCCAAGCUGAAAGAAGACUACGAGAAAAGUCAGAAGAAAUACGAGGGCCUGGUCAGAAAACAGGAGCAGCUGCUGAGAGUGGCCUACUACCUUCUGCUGAACCUGGCGGAGGACCUGAGCGUGGAGCUCAAGAUGAGGAACAAGGGAAUCGUGCGCAUGUUGGUGAGCACGCUGGGCCGCGAGAACUUUGAGCUGCUCAUCCUGGUCGUCUCCUUCCUCAAGAAGCUCAGCAUCUUCAUUGAGAACAAGAAGGAAAUGGUGGACCUGAACAUUGUAGAGAAGCUGACCAAGCUGAUCCCCUGCGACCACGAGGAUCUGCUCAACAUCACCAUCCGGCUGCUGCUCAACCUCAGCUUCGACCCGGACAUCCGCAGCAAGAUUGUAAAGUUUGGACUUCUGCCCAAGCUGGUGGGACUGCUCAACAACGAGAACCACCAGCAGCUGGUGCUGUGUAUCCUGUACCACAUCAGCAUGGAGGACAAGGCCAAGUCCAUGUUCACCUACACCGACUGCAUACCUAUGGCAAUGAAAAUGCUGUUGGAGAGCCCGGAGGACCCUGACCUUGAACUCCUGGCCUUGUGCAUCAACCUGGCGGCCAACAAACGCACGGCUCAGAUCAUCUGUGAGGGCCCCGGCCUGAAGAUGCUGAUGAAGAGAGCCUUCAAGUUCAAGGAUCCGUUCCUGAUGAAAAUGAUUCGCAAUCUGUCCCAGCACCAGGGCCCCACCAAGAACUUGUUCAUUGAUUACAUCUCGGACCUGUGCACGCACAUCCUGCAGUGUGAGAACGAGGACUUCAGCCUGGAGUGCCUGGGCAUCCUGGGGAACCUGACCAUCCCGGACCUGGACUACGAGCUGAUCCUCAAGGAGUACGACCUCAUUCCCUGGAUCAAGGGCAAGCUGCAGCCUGGAGCGGCAGACGACGACGUGGUGCUGGAGGUGGUCAUCCUGGUGGGCACGGUGUGCAGCGACGACGCCUGUGCCAAACUGCUGGCCGAGAGCAACAUCAUACAUCUGCUGAUAGAGCUGCUCAAUGCCAAACAGGAGGAUGAUGAAGUGGUGUGCCAGAUUGUGUACGUGUUUUAUCAGAUGAUCUUCCACGAAGCAACCAGAGAGAUCAUUAUCAAGGAAACUCAGGCCCCGGCCUAUCUCAUUGACCUGAUGCACGACAAGAACGCCGAGAUCAGAAACGUUUGUGACAACACUUUGGACAUGAUUGCUGAAUUUGACGAGGAGUGGGCCAAGAAGAUCCAGCUGGAGAAGUUUCGCUGGCACAACUCUCAGUGGCUGGAGAUGGUGGAGUCUCGCCAGCUCGACGGCUUUGGCGACCCCGGCUACAUGUACCCCGACGAGCCCGGCCUUGACCCCUACCUCCAGGACGCCGACAUACUGGACCGGCCUGACCUCUUCUACGAGGGUUUUGACAACAGCAUGAUGAUGGACGGUCACCUGACCCCAGAGUACAUCGACGACGCCGGCCUCUACAGCGACUUCUACACUCAACAAGCUUACGGAUACGAUGAAGAGCCGUACACCCGGCCAGAAGGUCAUCUUGGCUUCGUACAAGAUGGCCACCAGGUGGAUCCGUAUGGGCGAGCUUUGGACCCGUACGGGCCGGAAUACGGAAACUACCUCAACGGAGAUCCGGACGAUUACCCCUACCAGACGGAAUACGGAUACAGAUAAAGGAGAGUUUGUCUUCUCUUUUGUUUAUUAACCCUUCCAGCCCCAUGCACAUAUAUUUUCAGCAGUGCUUGUACCUCCCAGUCCCGAGAGCGUAUAUUCUCAGUUUCAGGGGGUACGGAAUUUGCGCAUUUUUCGAAAUUAGUGAACCUAAUCAAACUUUCA